AUGGCAUCAUUAGCUACCAUAAUACCUAUUUUCAGCAUUACCAGUUACUUCGUAAUCUUAAUCUUCGGAACAGUUGGAAACAUUCUAAACCUUACCACGUUACUAUCCAAAGAUUUCCGAACAAAACCAUGUCUGUUUUACAUGACAUGUGCCUCGUCACUCGAUUUAUUCUUCAGUAAUUUUGGUAUUAUACUUCGCUUUUCCACGGAACACUUUGGAAACAAUUCGAGUCUAAUCAAUCGUGGUGUUUGCAAAGCACGUGCGUAUUUUCUCGUUUGUCUGCCUGCAAUGGCAUCUACAUGUAUUCUAUUAGCAACAUUCGACCGGUGUAUAUCGACAUCAGCAAAUGCUCGCUGGCAACAACUUAGUUCAAUUUGGUUUGCUAAACGUCUAUUCAUCAUAACUAUGCUUUUUCUUUUGACUUCCAGUGUUUUUCAUUUGAUUAUAUUCGAUAUUCGAAACGGUGUAUGCGCACCGUCAUCUAGUUUCGAGACGAUUUUAGUCGCGGUUUAUGGCAAUAUCUUUGCUUUUCUUAUUCCUAAUGGUGGAGUAUUGUUUUUUGGUAGUUAUACAUGGAUUAAUUUGAGACAAUUAAGAAGUCGAGUCGAUCCAGUUUGUGUCUUAAAUACACAAUCACGAUCUGCUCGACGAAUGGAUCGACAAUUGUUCCGUUUAACAUUUGCACAUGCAUUAUUUUCGACUGUGCUGACUCUACAACGAGGUUUUACAUAUACAUACACUGUAAUUACUAGUUCGGCACAGAAGAGCGUUGAACGACAACAAAUCGAAUAUCUUAUUCUGCAAAUAAGCGUUAUUUUAUAUUAUAUGAACUUUGGUGUAGCUUUCUAUGUGAAUUACGCUUUCAGGCGAUGAUUUUAUUUCUUCUACGCGACUGAAAAACCAUUCAGCAAUUUUCAUCCCUGUUCAAUCACCGAUGGAAAUCUCAAGUUUCAUUCAAGUGGACAAUAUAUGACGUUCCAGAAAGCGAGAGUGUUUAACGCUGAAAAUAUGGCUCGAAAAAUCCUCAGAGCUGAAACACCUGGCAAGUGUAAAGUAUUAUAG